AUGAAAUAAUUUCUUGUCGCACCGGAAUGAUUUCUUACACAAGGCCAGCUUCCGCUUCUGUCUAUUUCAUCGGUCUCUGAUUAAAUUGGAAAUAAUAUUGCUCUAUGCAAUCUAAUUUGUUACUUUGCGAUUAGUUGAGGGUAGUACGUGCUAUGUUUUUUUGUUUUGUGUCUAUAGUAGUUGGCACAGUACCGCGGAUUAACUUUUACGUUAAACGCGGUAUCAUAUAACGUUAGCUUUGUAGCACUGGCUGCUCAACUGGCAGCUUUAGUCGAAGGCUUGCUAGCUAGCCAAGCUGCAUGGUUCCUUAGGUGGGUAACAAGCUAAGUUAGCUCUACUCUGAAAUGUGUAUCUAACCACGUAGGCAUUUUGCGGUCCCCCAACCCUUUGUGUAGUAUAUAUGGUCAGGCUUAAACAUGGAGUGCUCACUGUCAUGGAAUUGAUCACUAAUGUUGAGCUAACGAAGUCAACAUACAUCCUCCUCCAUUAGACGAGGGGGUCACCAGAAGGAUCUCCUUCGAAGAACGGUCAAUGUUUUCAUGGAUAUGAUUGCAUAAUGGCAACAACAAAGAUGAAAUUGCGGGUCCGAAAGAAGCCUGCUGCCAGCAGUAUCACACAGACCAUGUCUGCUGAGGCUUCACCAGACUCCAAAUGUCCCAUAUGCCUGGACAAGUUCAAAAACAUGGCCUAUCUUGACCUAUGCCCUCACAAGUUCUGUUUCCGUUGCAUCCAUGAGUGGUCCAAAAACAAGGCUGAGUGUCCCCUAUGCAAGCAGCCAUUCAACUCCAUAUUUCAUAGCAUAAAAGCAGAGAAUGACUUUAAGAAAUAUGACCUUCGACCUGCUGAGAAUGGCUCAUUUGGUAACCUGGGAGCUCAGAGGUUCAGGUAUCGCACUACACUGACUGGUGAUCGGAGACGACCUCAGCGAAGGACGUCCCCGCCACCUGAUAAUGGCGUCAUGUUUGAGAAUCUGGCAGCACCUGCUUCCCCACGACAGGACCGGAGCCUUCAUCGCAUGAUGAUGAGACUGGCAGCCAGGCGAAGGGCUGAGAACGAGGGGAGGUCUAUGCGAGCACUGCAGGAACAGGAAAUGAUCAAGUUCAGGCGUGCCCUCUACCGGAGAGGGGUGCGUGUUCGGACUGUGCGGGAUAACGGUCGCACCCGGGACACGACAGCAGAGUUCUUCCAGAGGAACCCAGCUUGCCUUCACCGCCUGUUGCCUUGGCUGAAGCGAGAGCUGACCGUGCUGUAUGGCGCUCACGGCUCCCUGGUCAAUAUUGUUCAACACAUCAUUAUGUCCCAGAUAACCAGGUACAACAUGGAGGACGACACUAUAGUCCAAGAACUUAGGCCUUUUCUUCAGGCACGUACUGAACAUUUUGUGCACGAAUUCAUCAAUUUUGCCCGCUCUCCUUACAACAUGGAAGCUUAUGAUCAGCAUAGUGUCUAUGACUGUCCAGCUCCCUCUUCGGAGGAAAACAGCAGCUCAAACUCCUCUGUAAUUGCCAUCUCAGAGGAUGAGGAGGACUCUGUGGGUUUGAACUCCAACCCUAACUCCAUAUCUGGCAGCACACUAAGCCAGACUCCAUGGGAUGAUGAGACGCCAGGGCCUUCCUACUCCACAGAGCCCCAGACUGUGGCGGUUUCAGUGAGGGACUCAGACUCUGAGAGCAGCGUGGAGGAGGCCGAUGGGACCGUGGCUACACAGGGAAACCCCCCAGUUAAAGCCGACACAUCCAAACUGGAGAGGGACCGUGUCUCCUCUGGAGAGGACGACUGCCUUAUUGUGGGGUACGUUAAGCCAAUGGCUGAACGGACACCAGAGCUGGUCCAGCUUUCGUCUGACUCAGAGGAGUCUGUACAGGAUGAAAGCAUGUCGGCACCCAAACAGCCACAGCACAUCCACUUUGGUACUGAGCCCAGCUCCCCGGCCUCUGUCAGCUCCUCAUUGACUAAGCACAAGCCCACACAGAAGGAAUCUCCAAGUCAGACUGAUGGGAAAGAAAAUGACAGGAACACGCCAGAAAAAGUGGGAGAUCCUGGUUCGCAUGAGGGGUCCCCAUCAUCAGACCAGCGCACUUUGCCAAGUCUGGUUAUCAGCAGACUUAAAAGACCUGAGGAUCGGGGUGACCGACGACACCGAGCCCGAGAUCACACAAGGUCACAGUCAGGGUCUUGGUCUAGGUCCAGGAGUCGUGACCGGUCAUCUCACAGCAGCAAAAGGCGCUCCCGGUCCCACAGUAGAGACCACUUUAGAGAGGGUAGCCACCCAGAAAGGAGACUUGACCGACAGGGGGGUGAUCACUCAGGUCGUGGCCGAGAGGCAGCACCACAUGCGUACACCUGGCACUCGUACAGCCACUACAGCUGUGAGAAGGACAGAAACCGAAAGCACUACUCAGAGAAGAGGUCGUCCUACACCAGCUAUCACGUCAGCCCGGACCACCACUCCCACCCUCAGUUGCGCAGCCGGAGCCACAGUCAGGAGUCACGCCGGCGGGAAAGGAGACGCUCCCGAAGCCGCUCCAGCAGCGACUCGCGGUCCUCCCAUAGGAAGUCAAAGCAUGAUAAGCCCGGGGGAAAGAGGAAAUACAAAACACGACACCUGGUAGAACCCCAAGCUCCCAAGAAUGGAGCAUCCAAGCAACCGGAGUCUCCAGAGGAUGGUGCAAAAGAGAAGAAAUCAAGCAAAGAAAAGCACCGAAAAAAGUCAAGAGAGAGGUCCGUGAAGAGAAGUCCAAGUGUAGAAAUAGUGUAUGAGGGCAAGGCUGGAGAUCAAUCCAGGAGGCAUCACAAGAAAAAGAAGAAGCAUAAGAAGAAGAGCAAGAAACAUCGGAGCAAGGAUGGAACCAGUAGGCAUUCACCUGUUGUGAUCACUAUAGACAGUGACAGCGAUCAUGCCACUAACACUAAAGACCUUAUUUGCCCCAUUGGCAGCAACAGUGAUGGCGAUGACCCCAUCCCAAACCUUUCUCCUCCUGUGGACACCUCCAACAAUCCUGUGGAUAGCUGCUUGUUCGACUCCUGUGUGAUACUGCAGCAGUGGGAACAGCAGUUUCCCACAGUCAGUCAAAAUGUUGGAGCCAGUGUCACGCCUGAUCCACCAGACCCUUUGACAGGUGAACCAGAUCCACUGAUAAAUCAAUCAGGUUCAUUGGCUAAUCAAACAGAGUACUUGACUGAUCAUCUAAAUACCUUGACAGAUCCACCAAACCUCCAAACUGAUCCACCACCUCUGUUGACAAGUGAAGAUUUAUCUGCCAAUAGGCCAGAUGGCUUGACCGAUAAAUUACUUCACUUGAUAGAUCAGUCAAACCCCUUGUCUGAUCCACAACGCCCGUCUAGAGGUGAACCAGGUCCUUUGACACAUCAGCUAGAGCCAUUGGUUGAACGGUCAAACCACGUCACUAAUCAACAAAGUCUUGUCGCUGACCCAUCAGAUAAACAACAGCCGGUUGGUGGGGUGUGUGAUGUGCCACUCAAUGACUGUUAAAGUGUAGAUGUCGGCCAUUAUGGUAGAGGACUCUUCAGAAGUAACCACAGACACAACAUGUUUUGAGUAGUAAUAGAAGCAGAGAGCAAACAUCAAGAUGGCACUUCACUCUACCCUUCCAGCAGAAAGAUAUGUUGUUCUGCCAAGUAUUGUGUGCUAUAGCCACCACUGUGUUCAUUGGAGAGGAAAGACAUUGUGUGCGGAUGUUAAAUGAUAACAGUUUGUGACUUUCUCUGUUUGUGACUUUCUCCUCUCUUUUUUUUAAAUUGUCAAGUAUUGAGCUCUUUAUGUUUGUAUAUUUCAAAUGAAAAAGAUUUUUUACACGCCUUUCAUGCAGUUUAAGAAUAUCUUUGAUCCACUCUCAGGGAAAAUGGAUUUGAUGCUGUUAACUUGGCUUUUAUAAAUCCUCUUGAGACCAAACUCCCUGCUGCUCUUGGAUUCUUGGAUUUUAUUGUGUCCGGUGAUGACAGUAUUUGACUCCUGCUUUGGAAGCUCGGAAGGUCUCUUUAAAUCAUUCUGUCAAAUGUAAAUCGCAAUAAAAGGCCCGGGUCCA